CCCAAUGCGUGAUGCGACCUGUUUGGUCCAUGCUAUGUCCUUUUUUGGGUUCUUUAUCGGGUUGUUCGGUCAUAUAUUUCUUAUAAUUAAGCAGCACUCCCGACACCCGAGACGCGCCCCCCGCCCUCCCUCCCCCCCGCCGAGCGUUGGAGCCUAUGGCAGACAACAUCUCCACGUUAAUCCUGACGGUGGACCUUCAAUGCUGUCGUUGCUACAAGAAGAUCAAAAAAGUACUAUGCAAGCUCCAAGAUCGAGAGAAGAUCCAGAAAAUUGACUACGACGAGAAGAACAACACCGUCACCAUCUCCGGCCCCUUCGACCCUCACUGCCUCUCCAAGAAGCUCCGGUGCAAGGCCUGCAAGGUCAUCAAAGACAUCAAAAUCAAGCCGCCCGAACCACCCCCACCUCCGCCACCGCCUCCGCCCGAACCGGCUCCGCCGCCCCCGCCUCCUCCGGAACCGGCUCCACCGCCCCCGCCUCCGCCCGAACCGGCUCCACCGCCCCCUCCUCCGCCCGAACCGGCUCCGCCGCCACCGCCACCACCUCCUCCCGAACCGGCUCCGCCGCCGCCACCUCCUCCCGAACCGGCUCCUCCACCUCCGCCCGCACCGGCUCCGCCACCACCCGAACCGUGCCGGCCAAAGAUCCCAGAACCGCCUCCGGCUUGCUGCUGCCGGCCGUGCCCCUGCUACCAGGCCGGCUACAGCGAUGGGCUGCGGUGCUGCUCGUGUGGGAGGCUCUACGACUGGGGUUGGGGCCCACCCCCUGUGUACUGUGAAGGGUAUAAGAUCGUCUGCGAGGAAGACCCAGCUUAUCCUUGCAUCAUCAUGUGAUUUUUCUCGGCUCCGUAUGCAACUUCCAUAUCAGCAUUUGCCGUAUUAUCGAAGACUUAUAUAUAUAUAUAUCAUUAAAUAAAUUGAUGAAGGCUGGUAGGUUCAUCGCUUAUAACGUCUAUGAACAUAUCUGGGGAAUAAGAAAUGUUCUUUUUUUGGGCAUAUACAAGUCUUGGGGAGAUUGAUUGAUUGAUUGGAGGCUGGUGAAAGAACAUGGGUCUGUAGGUUGGGAGGAUAAUGGCGGUGGCCGUUAGGCCACGGACCAUGAUGAUGCUUUUAUUGCUGCUUUCCUGUAGUUGUGAUGGGGAUGGUCUACCUGCUAGGUCGGUGCCCCACUUGACUGUCGUUUCCUUCUUUUAAAAAGCAAUGCCUCAAUGAUUCAGAAAUCUUUUGCCUUUUAUCAAAACCAAAAAAA